ACUAAGGUUAAGUAGUACACACACAGUACGAAGGCAUGUUUUGCAAUGGCUUCACUUACAAGUACCGUUUCUAAAGAAAGAUUUCUUACUGCUUUUGAAGACGAUCAGGCACUGGACACAACGUGCCAAGAGAUCGCCUUAGAAAUACAGUCUGGUCAUACAAAACUUUAUGCAAUUAUAGAAGAACUUAGACCUUUUGUAACUGAAAAAGAUGUUACAAUACGAAAAAACGGCAUCUCUGCCCUUUCUGCUAUUUUAUUUCAUUUACCUAAGGAUUUUUUGAAUGAAGAUGAAUUGUGUUUUAUAACAUCAUUUUAUUGUGACAGAUUAAAAGAUCACCAUAGGAUUAUACCAGCAGUAGUAAAAGGAAUUUUGACAAUUGUUCAAAUGGAUCAUUUACCUAAGGAUUCACCUGAAUGUUUACUUAGGAGUCUUUUUGAAAAUGUGCAGUGCCAAUCUCAAUUAUCACUUGAUCGCAGAAAUAUAUAUUUUAUAUUUACAACAUUAUUGGAAAAUAGAAUAGAAGAUUUAAAAGCUAUGGGGCCAGAUUUUAUUUAUGGACUCAUUACUAGUAUAGAAACAGAAAGGGAUCCUAACAAUCUUAUGAUAUUAUUUGACGUACUUCCAAAUUUUAUGAAAAAAUUGUCAUUAGGCCAUUUAGCUGGAGAAAUGUUUGAAGUCAUUGCGUGUUACUUUCCAGUUGACUUCCAUCCUCGUAGAACAGAGGGAAUAACGCGUGAUGAUUUGGCAGAGAAAUUGGCACCUUGUCUUUAUGCCGUACCAGAAUUUGCUGAAUUUUGUAUACCGCUCAUAAUUGAAAAAUUACUCUCCAAUCUUAAGAUUGCCAAGUUGGACUCUUUGAGUCUAUUAUGUAAAAGUGUAAAGACAUUCGGUGUGAAUGGCAUAAAAAUAUAUUUGACCGAAUUAUGGAUUAUCUUAAGAAAAGAAAUUAUACCAGGUGGAGAUUUAGAAUUAAAAAAUGCAAGCUUAAAAGCAGUCACCACUAUAAUUGACACUAUAUCAAGUGAUGUUGAAGUUCGUGAAAGUUUCAUUAAUGAUAUAACCACAGAUCUAAACUCAUCUUUGUAUGAUGUGCAACUUAGUUUGUUUAGACCAUCUGUAAAAAUACUAGAAUGUGUGGCAAUGAUCAAUAAAGAAUCAUGUAUACAAGUAUUAAAAGCGAUAGUGCCAAUAUUUCUUGGCCAAUAUUCUACUAAGACUGCAAUAGUUGAUAAAGUAAUUUUAAUCGAAACAUUAAACAAUUUUAUUAAAACUGCUUCCGAUCAUAGAUUUACUAUUAAGGAUGUUCCAGAAUUAGCAUGGACAGAUAUACCAAACCUAUAUUUAAAUGAAUUAUCAACAGGGAAUAUGGAAUUACAAUCAAAAAUAUUAUUUGGUUUAACACUACAAAAAGCGUAUUUAAAUGAAGUACAUCGUACUCUACUUUAUGAUAAAAUUUGUAAUCUAAUUGAAACAAAUUGUAAUGAAAUAAAAAUACUCUGUCAUUCGGCUCUUUUAAGUUUUGCUACAUUAUAUUCAAAUGAGAUAUCAACUCUCAUCAAAGAAAAGUUUCAGUUAAAUACUGAUGAGGAGAAGAUAGAAAUACGAAUCCGUAAAUUAAAAGUACUAGCAACUGUUGCUAAAACAUAUAAAUUAGGUAUUGAAGUUCUUCCACAGAUUGUAUUGCAAACAAAUGUUGCGAACUUUGACAUAAGCUUCACAGCUCUAACAUGUCUUCAUAGGCUAGUCGCUACAACAGCUAUUGACUAUAAUAUUCUACAUUAUCUGUAUGAUGAAUGCAAUAUUAUUCAAAAAUUGGCUGCCCUUAAUAUCAAUCCCAUGGAUGGAAGAUUAGAUUUAGUUUUAAAUAUUUGUCGACUAAUUGUACGAAAUCUUAUGAUUGAAGAGCAACAAAAUCUUGUCAACAAGUACAUUUCAGUUUUAAGUGAACAAAGUUCAGAAUCUGAUGCUGCUUUAGUAAUGAAUAUUUUCAUCCCCUUAUACCAAGAUGUUAAAUUAACAAUAAAUGUAAACUUAUUACAAAAUGUACAUAAUUUAGCACUUUACAGCCAACAUUCAAAUAUAAGGCUAAUAGCAUGUAAAUUUAUUGCUGUAAUAUUAAACAAAUUUGAUGAUAGUAAUGAAUACUUCCAACAUGCUUUAUCAUAUUUUAAAGAAGCAAUAAAUAAUAAUUUAAAUUCAGAUACUAAUAUUGAAAUAAUGCAAGCAAGUGCUUCUCUGCAAAUAUGGCUAACAAAAGCUAUAAUUAUAAAAGGUUCCCGUGAUGUUGAAAUAUUUUUAGAUGAGCUUAUCAAUAUUUUGAAACAUGACCGAAUAGGCCAGCAUAUAGUACAAGAAUAUAAGAUCUUGACAAACAGACACGAAGAUACUUUAGUGGUGGAAAAUUUUUGUAAUGUCAAAAUUCUGUAUAAACAAAGGGUAUUUGAACAUUUAAUUAAAAAAGAUUCUGAGUUUAAAAAUAUAGCAAGGCAGAACUAUUUAAAGACAUUAGUACAAUUAUUAGAAGAAGUACCCUUGGAGCUGUUAUUUAUGUAUUUAAUUAAGUUGGUCCCCCUUUUAAUAGAAUCUUUAUCUCUUGAAAAUGAACAACUAAUUUUUUUAACAUUAACAACAUUGAACCUCUUAUUGGAGACUAAACACAGUAUUUUUUCUGAUAAGAUACAAAGUUUUAUUCCGAGGUUAUUAAAGUUAUCUACCUACAGAAUAAUGAGAGUCAGAAUAGCAGCUUUAGACUGUUUAACAAAUUAUUGUAAUUAUCCAACGAUAUUCAUUAACACAUACAAACAAGAUGUAUUAGAAAAGUUAAUAGUUCCAAUUGACGAUCGAAAACGCUUAGUUCGAAAAGCCGCAGUAAAAGCGAGAUCACGAUGGUUUUUGGUUGGUGCGCCAGGAGCAGUAAAAAGACAAUGAUCUGUUUACUUUUACAUUAAAUUUAUCGCGAUACAUUUAUAACUCAUAGAUAAAUACAUUUAUGUUUGUUUAAUACAAAUAGAUAAAAAUUUUAUUAUAAUAUUGUUUUGUAUAUUUUUAAAGUUGUACACACAAGUCUACUUUUAUAUAUCAAUUUAUAUAUAUAUAUAUAUAUAUAUAUAUACAUGUUAAAGCAAAUGAUUUCUCUUACUGUACUACUUUUUCUUGUAAGAGUAAAGAAACUGAUUCAUCAUAUUGUACUUAUCCUAUAUGUUGUAUAUAAUGUACAUAAUUGAAUAAAGAAUUGAUUUCUGUAAUGGGAUUGAAA